ACACACUAGAAAUUGUUGCAUUCCCACUCUCUUGAGGAAUUCCAGUCCUGCAAAAAACUCCACCACAUACUCCAAUUUUCCAAAUUUCCAUUAUCAAACAUGUCUAGUGGAUAUUAUUACCCAAAUAGACCUAAUUCAUCACCUUAUCAUUACCAAGCGCCUCCAUUGCACCUAUGUUUCUUCCUCCUCAUACUCUUCUUGUUCAUGGGCCUUCACUGGUACAUGAGCUACGAAUCGAUCUUCGAAGACAUCGUCGUCCAGCUCAAAUUGGUACUCAUGGUGUCGCCGCUCAUCCUACUUCUAGUGGUCCAUUGGCUAUCGAGUGAAGAGAGAAGGCGGGUGCCGUUCAUGAUCCCUCUCCCGGAGAGGGAGUCCUUCCACCGGGCGGGGAGCUCACCUUGGGGUGUCGCAUUCGUCUUAGUGUUUCUAUUGUUCAUGAUCUCAUAUCAAUCAUACUUUCAUGAUCGUUGGUUUCCUUUAUUGAGCAGAUGAUGAUGAUGAUGAUGUACCUGAUUCUGGUGGUGAAAGAUGAAUAUAGUAACGUGGAUAUGAGGAAGGAGAGUAGAUUUUUCAAGUACUUUUAUGUAAUUAUUUUCGCGCAAGGGUAGGCUUGGUUUUUAUUUUAAGACCUUACUACUUGCUUCUUUUUUUCUUUUUUCUUUUUUGAGUUUAUGUAUGCAUUAGUACUUAGAAAGGCUAAAUCUAUGUUUUCAUGUGACUUGAUGGUUUCUCUUAUAAUAAGUUGUCCACUUUCUUUCA